CUUGUAUGUAAAGACAUGACGAUAUUGGGAAAACUGGCAAAUUGAAAUAGGACAAAAUAAAUUAAUUGUGAGGACAGAUGAAGCCAUAGACCAUCUGUUUCAUCUCCUUCAGUUUCUGUACGUUCCAAAGCUGAAAUUACUAACUCCACUAAUUGUUCUUCAAUAGCUUGACAGUGUUGCUUGUGUUGUUUAUUCAAACAUAGCAUUCCACAUACCUGAAAACAAUAAUAAUUAAGCAAUUUAAUCAAAAUAUAUAUAUUCAUUAAUCAUUAUUACCAUGUCUCUGCUGUAAGGUUGUUCUAAAACAUAACGCAAAAGUCCAGUUUGUUUUUCAAGUAAUUCCGGUUCAUAUGGAAGAGUUCCUUUUAGGCCAAAUCUCAAAUUUAAUGGAUCUAAUUUCCAAGGAUUGACAAGAUGUUCAGGACAGCCACUGUGUUCUACAACAGGACGCAUUUGGGAGUGACCAAUUAUGGUAAGCAUUUGAGCGCAAGGCCUGAAGCUUUCUAUGUAAUCAGAAAACAAGGCUGCCAAUCUCCAAUGAGGGCAUUCAGAGUAGACUUUUUGGAGUUCAUUCACCAAUAAGUAACCUGGUAAAAGGCACGUAUUUCUGUCCAUUAUUUUUUCAGCAACAUCGAACAAGGCUUGAGCUUGAGGUUGAAUGCCAGCCUUAAGCCUUAGCGGCAAGACUUUAGCUUUUUCACAACAUCCUUUCAUUAUUUCCCUUACACCUUUAUAUUCAACUAAUUCAAUAACAUUUUUAAUCAGCUUGAAACAAUAAAUCCAAAAAUGCUCGUUGCAGUAAUGCAACUGAUCUAAAGUUAUAAUGAAUUCGCAAGCUUUUCUUGCUUGGAGUGAGCCUUUUCUUAUACAGUGCUCCAUCAAUUCUAACAGUACCUGCAUUCUACUCUGAGCACUUCUCAAAGCCACUUGCAAAUACUGCCUCAGGACGAUGUCCAAAUGGUCGGGAUUCAAUGUUUCGAAGAACUCGCACAAUUCUUGUUGCCAUUUCGAUAAGUUUUGGGCUUCGGUUUCGCUUCGGUGCACCAGAAAACAGCUAAAUGCUUCUUCGAUACCCUCGACUCUGAGGAUAUUGUUAAGGAUAUUCAGCACGGCGUCCGCCAUGGUUCGAAUUGAUCCUAAUCAGCUUAAUUCAUAGUAAUUUUGGUUUGGGGCACACAGGUUCAUUAAACCAAGACACAAAACACAAAUAAAAAAAAGUGUGGUUAUGUUUGUUUACAUUUGAUUAUUUUGGUAAAGUGAGCUGUUGUGCAAACAUGUUUGUCUUUUUCUAGCACCAGCAGUUAGAAAGAGAUGCCUAUAGAACAAUUUGAUGAAAAUGACAAUUUAAAUGUGACAACGUCGCUGUUGGUUGAAAAAUCAAAAAUUUAUUUCAAAUUUUAAAAAUGUACCCAUCCGAGAAUAUAUUUGACCAUCUGAGUCUGAAAAUAGGCCAAUUAUGUUAUGGAAAAACCAUAGUAGACCCAAAUGGUAUUUCCAAGCUUCUGGACGAGCUAAACUCCGUCAACUAUCGGAUUCCAGUUGUCCAAAACCCCACUAAGGCAGUACUUUUGAUCAAUCAAUGUUGCUCUUCUAUCCAAGCAGAUGAUGAGAUUCUUAUACCGAAGUGUGCCCAGCUUAUUGUUAAUUUGGUUAAAUAUCAGAAUGUUUCUGUUGAAGGAAGAACAUUAACACUCAGCUUACAAUGGUGCAUAGAUGCAACAAAUAAUUCAAAUAGAGUUAUUACCUUGGAGGCACUCAGAGCUUUGGAAGCUUUAAUAAGACAUAACGUGCAAAAAUGUCCAAUCAAAGUUUUAGAUACAGUCAUAGAAAAACUUAAAAAAGAAAUUCAUUUGGAAGUAAUUGGCAAAACCACGCAAAACUCCAAAGAUAUUUUACUGGCAGCUUUGCAAUGUUUAGAAUCAUCUACUGUGACCACACCUGAGCUUAAAAAUUGGACUAACUUUUUUAAGCACUUUGAAAAUUGUGCCCAGAUAUUUAUUUCGGUUUUGUGUUCAAGAAAAAGCUCCAGAGAUUCAGUGGUUGACAUUAAAAUUUUGGAAACUUGCCUUUUGGGACUUCAAAAUAUCGCUUUUAUACAUCGGGAAUUUUUGAAAAAAGAAUUGGGAUUGAUUUUAGGUGUUGUCAAAACUUACAUGCUGUAUGGAAUAAGGGAUAUUGAGUUUCUAAUUCCGGAACGUUUGAAACCUUGUACUUUGAGUAUACCUGAAGUUACACAUGCUGGAAAAGAAAAAUCUGGUGGAAAAGUUACCAAACAAAGAAAGCACCGCAACACUCCAAACAAAAAGAAAAACAGAAAACCCGAUGAAGAAACUCAAUUUGAGCCUAAAACUAGCGGAUACGUGCCAGCAACAGCUACCUCAGAAUACAGUUCUGAUAGUGGAUUAGGCCAAUCUUUUUUUUUAAAAACGUCAGAUUCUGAUUUUUCAGACAACGAAGGCGGCAAAUUAGCAAAACUAUCACACAGCUCCAAUAAAGUAAGACAAGCGGCCCUCAAUCUCUUUGCUACAAUCAUCAAGCAUUCAGAAAAAUCAACAAUUUUUACUUAUUGGUCCAAUUUCAUACCUGACAGUUCAUCUUCUGGCAAACAUAAUCUAUUAACUUGCGCUCUAAAAGAUCCUUCCACUAGAGGCAAAAUGUGUGCCUUAAAUGUACUUUUACUAUUACUCACUAGUGCCAAAAUGUAUUUGUCUUUAGCAGAAUCAAGUCAACAAACAUCAAGUUUCACUCCAUUCUCAGUGAUUUUGGGCCUAAGCUUAACAGAACUACAUAAAAACUUUUGCCUGGCCUUAAACCAACUCAAUGUGCCAGUAUUGACGCAAGUCCUAAAAUGUAUGGCUGCUUUAGUACAGGCCACCCCCUAUCAUCGCCUGACUAGUGGUUUAAUAACAAAAGUAGUCAGAAACGUUAAGACUUUAAUUUUCCACAGAGACGCUUCUGUACAAGUUACAGCCCUUAUUGUUACAGGAUGCAUUUUGGCUUUUGAGCCCUCACUGCCUGAAACUUUAGAAGUUAUGACCCAAAAUAAAACAACUAAAGAUACUAAAGAUACUGCAACUCAAGCUAAUACCAGCGAUGAUUUUGAUUUUGCCCAAUUUUCUUCAGAUGAAGAAGAUGAUGUUUCUGAAAUCGAUCAUAUGCCUUGGCUAUUGCAAAAGUGCCUCAAAAAUUUAGGCAUUAACGUUGAAAAUCAAAAACAUAUAGUUCCUGCACCUGUAAAGCUUGAGUCACUACAAGUUUUAUCAGCAAUGAGCAGAAACUAUUUCGAAUCUCUAAUGUUUCCUCACUUGAACCAAAUCACAAAAGCUUUGGAAACAUCUUUGAUGGAUGCGCAUUCGGAUUUGAGGCUUCACGGUGCUAGAGCUGUGGAAUUUUUGGGCCAAGCCCUAGGCAAGAUAAGCGAAAACUAUUUAUCUACUACAGUGUGUUUGAAUUUUUGGCAAACUCUAUUGAAUGGGCCCUUGGUUGCUUUGACUCAAAACGAACAAGUAGCUUUAAGGGCCAUAGGCUGUGAUUGUCUUGGCAGUAUUGGAGCACCGAUAUUUCAACAAUUACCACGAGAUAAACAGAUUUUGUGUGUUACUUUGUUGUUUGCUUGUACUAAAGAUGCAGAAAAUACUGUUAAGGGUGCUGCAGUUAGAGCUCUUGCUUUAUGCGUGCUUUAUCCUUCAUUGAGAGAAGACCCAGGAUUUGUGGUAGACACUGCAGAAUGUAUUUUACAUGCCCUUGAAGAUGAUAAUGUUAAUGUUAGAGUUAAAGCGUCGUGGUCCUUAGGCAAUCUCAGCGAUGCGUUAGUUUUGAAUAGCAAAUCUUGUGAGAGUAAUGAAGACUCGAUUCCGGAAACGAUUUUGGUUAAAUUGUUGGAGGCCUCUAUUAAAAGCGUCAAUGACAAUGAGAAAAUUAAAAUGAAUGUUGUCAGGGCUAUAGGGAAUUUAUUGCAACUUAUGGAUGAUGAAUUUUUGAAGCAGGAGAGAUUCAAGGGAGCUUCUGAGCGAGCGUUGAAUGCUUUGGUUAAAGCCAGCACUAGUGGAGUGAAUAUGAAGGUAAGAUGGAAUGCUUGCUAUGCCUUGGGAAACGUCCUUAAAAAUCCUUCAAUUUACACGAAUCUAAACCUCAACACCUGGCAAACAUCGGCUUUCACGAAACUAUCCGACUUGGUGGUGAGCUUCAAAAAUUUCAAGGUUCGCAUUAAUGCUGCCUUAGCUCUAUCAGCCCCCACAGCCAGAGAGCAUUAUGGCAUUCAUUUCAUUCCCCUUUGGACUUCCAUGUUGCAAGCCUUACAAAACUCACAAAACGUCGACGAUUUCGUGGAAUACAAUCAUCGAGAUCAUUUGGUGGAACAAAUUUGCCUGUGCCUCGGACAUUUGACCAGCCUUUUAACGAAACAAGAUCUGCUUCAAUUGGAAUCCACUUUAAAUCUUUACUUUGAUAGUUUUAAUAUUCACAUGAGUAAAGUUUUAGAAAGACUGGUGCCGGAAAAAUCGACUGAACUUUCUUCUGCCGCAUGCGCUUUGGCUAAUUUGGACUCUAGGAGUGAUAUCGGUACUGAAGAGAAACAGGUAAUAGCUUGUUUGAGGACGAUUUUUAUGCCUCAGUGAUUUAUUUAUUACUAUACAUUGUAUUUUAUAAAACUAAAAUAAUAUCGUUUUUUUUUUUUUUAAAUAUAAUACUUGUUAUGUCCCUCUUAUUAUUGCCUCAUCACAUUUUGAUUAUUAUUAUUGAGACACCAAUAAACCAAUCCCUGGUAUAAGGGCAAUACCUUUCCACAAAACAUCAUAGAGGGCUUUUACUGGAGGCAACCAACAACUCAGCAAAUAGAAUAAGUAAUAGUACAUGGAAAAUACAAAUAGCUUAUGGACGACAUACAACACUUUCUGUUGUGCCCGGCAUCUAGGCAAUGAAGAUAGAGGCUCUUUCAUACAGUACUGCCUGGCACCUAAAACGCACUGUUCCAAAUACUGGUCUAUAGGUAUCGCAUGGAAAUCCAUUGGAAAAGCUUUGCGAUCAACUUCGUCC